GCUGGCGAAGCGGGGUGCGCAGCGGCCCAACCCCUACGUGGAGGCGGUGCGGAGCGUCGAGCUCCCCGAGAUGGUGGCCGAGUUUGCCAAGACUGCGCCCGAAGCCGUGCAGCUCGCCGUCAAGCAAACCGUGGCGGCGCUACUGGGGCAGAUGCCGGCCGAGGUGGCCGACGGCGCAAUCACGGCGACGGGGCAGUCGCUCGCUUCGCUCUUCUUCUCGAUGCAGAUGACGGGCUACAUGUUCCGUAACGCCGAGUACCGCCGCUCGCUCUCGACGACGCUCGCCGCCGCCGAGGACGAGAUGGCAGAGGCGGCGGCGCUGCCUCCGGUGAAGGGAGAGAUCACGGUGUCGCUCGCGCCGGGGAUGGAGGCGAAGGUGGACGCCGCCGCGUACAUGGCGGAGCUCCGCUCCGAGGUGGAGGGGCUCCGCGCGCAGCUCGCCUCAGCGCGCGAGAAGAAGGCGGAGCAGCCGCUGCUCGCCUUCAUCCAGUCGCUGCCCGGCGACGAGGCGCGCCAGCUGCAGGGAGGCGUCUCCUCGGAGGUGCUCGAGGCGAUGGGGCAGCUCGUCACCUCGCUGCUGCGAGACAUGAACGUGGCGCCGGACGCACUCACCGAGGCGCCGGUCGCCAAGAUGCGCGAGGUGCUCAUCCUUCAGCUUGUGCAGGGCUACAAGCUGCGCGAGCUCGAGGUGCGCGCCGAGCUCAAAGGGACCUUCUGGGACCAGUAGGGGAGGCCGGCGCCGGCGUGGCGCGCGGGGGUCUCGGCUUCGGCUUCAGAGAUCAAGAGUGUUUUGUGAGAGGGGGUGAGCCGCAGCGUUUCUCGUUAGUCGUUUUUCAGUCGUUGAGAAA